AUGAACGACAUGCGCAUGCAGCAGUAUUACAUGGACAGAAUUAAUAAGAACAUAAGUCAAAUAAAAAAGUCAAAGAACAUAAAUUUGCCACAAAAUGUAAAGGAGGGAAAUUUCAGCAUAAGUGACAACUACCCAACAAAUCGUAUCGAUGGACAUCAGCACAAAUGUAACCAUACGAAGGACAUACAUUUUAGCGGUAAUAAGGAUUAUGUCAGAAUUGGUUACGAUAACGAUUUUAGAGGGAAGAAGGAGGUACCCUGGGAAAAGCCGCCAAUUCAUACUAAGUACAUCGUCACGGGAGAUACGAAUUUUUACGAAAAUUAUGUCACUGGUUACAAUAAUGAACUGUCCACAAAUGACCGGCUAUAUCAGUCACAUGGAUCUAUUAAUGGACAAACCGGCUAUGUCCAUGAAAAUGUUAUAUGGGAUGAAAAAUUAAAACAAUACAGGACUAUGGUUACUUCGCCUAGUUUUGUGUACACCUCAGAUAACAUUGCAGUGAAAAAAAGAAGUGACACCCAUGGAGGGAUAAUCGACACACACUGUUUCUAUAACUCCUAUGUGAACAACACGAAGCUUAUAAGUCAACGAGAACGUAAAAAAGUGGCUAGUAAUGUUAGUGCACCUUAUGGGAAAUCACAACCUAAUAAAAAGGAAAAACUGCAUACAGUUAGUAACUCCCUGUGUAGGAACAGAAAUGGUGUUAAUGGAUUUUUCGAUGAAAAAAUAUGCAACAAUGCCGGUAUUUCUUUUUCGAAUUGUGUGAGAAAUGUUAGCAGUACGUCCUGUUAUGAGAGGGGAGGGAUCGCACAAAGGGGUUGUGACUCGUAUGGGCAUCCCCAUCCCAGUGGGCAUAUUCCCUACACAAACUGUUCUAAUCAUAAGUUAGGGGAAAACAGGAGAAACUAUACGGGGAAUCUACCCAACAAUGUUAUUAUGAAUGUAGACCAUUCCGGGCACAGUUGUGCUCGUAGAGGUAUUUUCCGAGAAGCUUCCCUAGGAAGCUGUACAAGAAGAGACAUAAUUGACAGAGGAAUCUUGAAAGGUGGUGAAUUAAAAACUCCUGUAUGCUGCUUAGGGGGAAUUAGCAAUUCUGAUAAGAGGAAGCAGCCUACAACAAACAAUGGGGAAUGGCCCAAAAGUGUUGUGCAAUCUGAUGGCGGUAAUAUCCAUUUCGGCUGCCCAGGACAUGAAGGUGUAGUAAAGGAAAGGUUAAGAAGUCCCAUUGAGAUUAUAUAUAAAAAACCCAAGGUCAUUGCAAACCGAGAACACUGCAGCGAGGUUGGUCGGGUGCAUACCAUUGUGACUCCACAGGACAGAUGCGACGUUUUAAGCCAUAAAGUAGUUUCAAACAAUAGUAGCGGCGAUAAUGGUGGCAAUGUUAAAGAGAUGAAUUCACAGCGGUGUUUAGGUGGAUGUCUUGCAAACAAGGAACGGCAAUUUCUGUCAAACAAAAAGAGCAUCUCGUCGACGCGGCUUCAAGAACCGCACAUCUUCUACCCUAAGAAGGUUAGUUCUCUGAAUGCAAACGCUGGUUUUAGAAAUAAUCAAUGCGGUGGGUGUAGGAAGGAGAGUGUCAUAGCACCGAAUGCGUUGUGCUGGGGCACGCUAGGAGGGACUCCACAAAAAGGAGCGUCAAAAAAUGGGGCAUCAGAAAAAGUAGCGUCACAAAAUGAAGCCUCCCUAAACAACGUGCUAGAGAAUAACCAAUAUUUUAUGAGCUCCUUUCGCGCAGUCAACCAAGGUGAAAACGACCGGGGGAAGCGAAAAUCGAUCGAGGAAAAGGACAAUCACAAAAUGUACACACAAGGAGGCAACAGGGGCUGCCUUAAUUUCCCACUGCAAGGGAUAAGCAUCUGUAAGUCAAAAAGAGGGUAUAGCCAAAAUGAGUCCCACGAAGGUGGAAAAGUGGGAAAGCAUGAAUUAGACAUUGUCCAAAGUGGGCCUAAGCGGAACGUCAUUUCGCAUGUGGAAAAGGGAAGGAGUCGUUACGAAGCGGCGAAGUCUAAUUUGGCCCCUAUGAGUAGGAAUAUUCGCAAAGGGGACGAUUCUAUGGAUGAUACUUCUUCUUCUACCUUGGGAAAAAAUUACCAAAGUGAGAAAAGUUUAAAUAAGGAAGUAAUGGAUAAUUCUCCCCCUUCCGGUGUUAACUGUAUUAAUAAAACCGACCUGAUAUUGGGGGAGACAAAAUAUGUACAGGCAGCGAAUUACACUACGGUCUUUUACAAAGAGGCGGAUAGAAAAACGGUAGAAAAGGUGUGCAACAUAAAUGGGAUGGACAACCUAGAGGGGGUGAUAAAGAGUGCCUCCUUGAUGGAAAAGACCAAUAAAGGCGAAAUACCCCUGAACACCCCACCCAAAGGGAUACACACGGAAGGGGAGCAAAAUUUAGAAGGAACAUGUACCGACUAUGAAGAGGGGUACGAUAGAAUAAAGAAAAAAAACACGUAUGAUGAAAAAGUGACAAACGAGCAGGACACCCUGUUGGAGAAUUAUAAAUAUGACGAAGAAGCUCAGGCUGAAGGGAACCCUGAAGGAACAGAUGAAGGAAGUAACUUUAACUACAUAGAGGAUGAUAGUAUGAGCAGAGAGGAGAAGAAAAAAAUGGAGAAGAAACUGAACUUGUACUUUAGAAAGGAAGGGUUGUUAAGGUCAUCCUGUAAUUCUCUCCCACACGAUUCGGAAAAGGGGGAAAAGCACGAAACGGACCAACAGGGAGAGAACAAUUUGACCCCCUUCCUUAAAGGUGUGAGGAACAACUCGGCCGUCCACUCCAGCAACAGGAAGUCGUCUAUCACGGAUUAUUCCCAAAUGGAGAAUUACGAUAUAUCCUCCAGUAGCGUGGACAUAUUCGACGACAAGGAGAUAAAAGAAGUUUUCGAAGAAGUGACAAUAAAUAGAAGUGUAAAAAGUAGCUUUUGUAUCAGUAGGGAUGAUUAUGAGGGGCCGAGGAAGGAGAGCAUGGAUCUAGGACGGGUUUCCCUUGAGGGGGAGAUAGACGAUUCUGCUAGCGCCAAGGGGAGAAGGAAAAAAAGAGGAAAAAGAAGCCUCCCCAGUUUAGAAGACCUAUUUUGUAAAAAGAAAAAUUUAUUAUUCAUGGAGUUGUUACGAAGGAUGAAGGACAAAGGGGAGGAAGGAAAAAAAGGGAACCAAGCGGAGGACGAGUUAGAAAAUAAACUAAAUCGGGUAAUGUUACCCACCUCAGAAAAGGAGAGAAAUUUAAUAGAUAAAAUAAUUUACUGUCUGGACCCAUCAUAUGUAAACGACACGGUGGAUGAAGCAGAUAAAUGGAGGCAGAAGCUGACCUACAUGCGUGAUAAGUUCCUUGAGUCGAUUAUAUGUGUGUCUUAUCCGAUCCACCUGUGGAAUGAAGAAACGUUUGAGGAUUAUUUAAAGUCCCUAAAUUUGAAUGCACUAUUUGACGACACGUUUAUAAAAUACGAAAGUGACCUACACAUUGAUUUAUUUCAUCCUGAGGAGGAACUAUUCUCAGAUGUGGGAAAUAUUGGCGAAGGGGGAUUCGGGGUGGUAACAAAAAUGAGGUUCUUAUCGAAUCCUCAAUAUUAUGCAAUAAAAAAAAUAUCAAAGGAGCAUAUUAUAAAAUCUCAAGCAGCUGGACAGACGUACUUAGAGGCUAAAUACCACUCCGUUUUGAGUCAUGUAAAUAUAAUUAAAAUGUAUGGAUGCAUGCAGGAUAAUGAUUUUAUUUACCACGUGUUGGAAUUUUGUGCGAAAGGAAGUAUCUAUUCCAUAUCGAAGAACUUUAAGAGAAGAAUUAUCCCCGACGAAUUGGCUUAUAAAUAUUUUUGCCACGUAGUGAAUGGAUUGUAUUACUUAAAUCAGAUGGGGAUUUUCCAUCGGGACAUAAAAAUGGAGAACGUCUUAGUAGACCAUAUGGAUAAUGCAAAACUGUCCGACUUUGGUUUGUCUGCCAUGAUUUUAGGAACGAAAAGUCAUUCUGCUUUGUGUGGAACGUUGGUUUACUUUUCUCCAGAAAUUACAAGUGGGUCUGGAUAUGACUGGAGAUCUGACAUUUGGUCCUUGGGCGUUUUACUAUACGAAAUGUUAGUUGGAGAUGUGCCAUUUGAUGGUACAAAAACGCAGAUAAUAAAUUCGAUCUUUUCAUGUAAUUUAAAGUUCCCAGAUUUUGUGAACCCAUUAGCAAUUAAUUUGAUAAAGAAGGCCUUAGUGGUAGAUGUGAAUAAGCGUAUUAAAUUGUGUGACAUAUCCUCUGACCCGUGGAUGCAGGAAAUGUGGAAGCUGUCCUUUCAGAAGGGGUUGGUAGGCAAUGCCGACUCCUGUUACAGCAGGAAGGAUGAUAGUAGUGAUUUUAAUUUUAUAGGUUCUUUGUUAAAGGUGCAGUGUUUCUUAAAAAGCAGUCUCAACGCGUCGAUGAGUUACCCCACUGGAGGAGGCAGGGAAGAGGGGGAGGAGAACAACAAGAAGACGCAGAAGGAAUUGAAGCAGCAUGUCCCCACCGAUCAGGGGAAUGAUAACGUGGAUGCACUCAUCUUAGAGACUCAACAAAAAUUAGCAGAAUAUUUAAAGGUAGAAAAUUUUUACGUGAAUGAAGAAAAUGUUCCCAGUUCGGAUGGGAUGAGCUCUCCCCAAUCGGAGGCGUCCUUCUCCGAACUGAGCGAAUCUUCCAUGGGUACGAAGAAGGAUGUAUUAAUGAAAAGACAGCAAUGGAGUAGUACCAGUCAUGUGGAGGGAACUCCCCAGGGCGAUCGAUCUGCUGCAAGCGAAGUGGGAACACAGAACGACCUUUCUGGGUCCAUCCAGGAGGGAAGUGGGACCAACUUCCUAUCGGGCGCCCCUCAUCAGGAUCUAUCCGUUAACAGUGAGCGUGACUGCAGCAGUGACUCUGCCCCCAUGGAGGGGAUCACUCCUGGGAGUAUCUACCCCAAGCAGGAGGGCAGUUCAUCCGGAUCGAAUAUGGACAACCGGGGUAGUAGUAACGAUGAUCCAUGCUUGAAGGGGCUAAACUGGAAGACCCAAUCGGAUCAAUCCAACGGAGCGGACGAGGCCGAACUGGUUUAUUCAUCAGAGAGUUUAGGCUCCAAUACGAAUCAGGGUAAUGAUGUGUCUAGUGCACCUGGUGUUGAGAGGAGGCACAGCGAAGGUGAACAGGAAAGGGACUACUCCGAAGGGGGCGUAACACCGAAGAAGGCGGAUGACGCUCUGUCUGAGAAUACAAUUCCGGAUCGUCCUUACGAUGAUGACAAUUUGUAUGAUAACAGUUCCGUCUCAAAUAUGACCCCCGUUUCUAGCAGUUCGCAAAGGAACGAUAGAUUAUCCUCAGAGGUGGAAGAAGCAGUUCCUGAGGAGGUUGAUAUUGAGUCCCUUGAAAAGUUACUACGAAGGAGGGUAAACAAUGGGGAAAAGCGACCAGAGAGGAUGCUUCCAAUUUAUAAGGGUAAGUAUACGGAGGAGGAGGAGAAUAGUCCUGUGGAGAAAAAUUCCAUUAGUAUUCGACGCGGAGAAGCGAGAAAGACUCUCCUUGACGGUGGAAGAAAGAAGGGGAAGGAUGAAAACAAAAAGGGGGACGAUAACCCAUCCACGCGUAGAAACAUUCAGCCGAACCACAAAUCGGAGAAAGUUAGUGAAUUGGAAAAACUGCGUAAAAAGAACAAAAUUAUCGAAGGGGACGAAACGUACAUCCCAAUUUGUGUAACGAAGGAGAAGGCGACGGAAUCAUCAGGAGAAAGUAACGGCACCAAAAUAAAUCUUCACGUGAAGGAUACCCCCGUAGGAGCAAAGCAUUUAAGGGUUGAUGAGGGAGAAGCACGCGUUGUAAAGACUCCCACUAUAGAAUUGUCCAAUGGAAAAAUGGAAUAUGGGAUGCGGUCGAAAAUUGAAAAAGGGGAGGACAAGAAUUCCAAAACGAAUAAACUAUGUGAAGACACUCCAAAGGGUGAAGUAGCCAAAAAAGGGACAACCCAAUAUAGGAGCACAUCAGAAAGGAAAAAAAGUUUUGUAGCAAAAAAAGGGGAAGAUACACUAAUUAACAGGAAGGUGGAAAAAAGGUUAGAAAGAACAUCUACAAGUAAAUUAUGCAAAAAGGAUCCUAUCACUGAACGAGGUGGAUCUGCCAGCGGAAAGAGGAGUCCUCUUGUCAAGGGAAAGAACAAGACGGCUGAGAAGAAACAACCCGAGAAGGAAAAAAGACGAUCACGCAGCAACAUCUGUGAUUUGGAUGGAAGUAGCCUGUACGAUAAGUAUAUAGAAAGAAUAAACAAAUUAUACCUGAGUAUAAAAAGUAAAAAGUACCUUAAUAGUGGUGAGAGUAGGGAGAGUCUAUUGAGUAAGAAGGAUAAAUCAUCAGCUGCGGAGGAUUCUCUGCAGGAGGAAAUGCAAAAUGGCGAAUCGAUGGAGCGUAAUUAUAUAGAUGAGAGCAACGGUUCUGUCGAAAUGGAUGAAGGUUUGUCCACACUGGUGGAGAGAAAGGACAAAAAUGUUUCCAUUCAGCGGGAUAAACAAAAGGAUGAAAGGAUAGAAGACAAACCACCUAGGAUGAGGCCUUUCCAUGUGAGCAGUUAUCCUGUCGAGACGGGAAAUAGCAAACUCACGGAGAGCAGAAGGAAUAUAAUCAGGGAAGAAAAAAAUCCUUAUCCGAAGGGGCAUGAAGAGAAGCUGCUAGAUGAAAAAUCGUUGGAUGACAAAUUGGCCAAUAUAGAAAAGGAGGUGUCUGUAAUGAUGACGGGCAAAGAAAAGUAUCGCCCAUCCCAUAAGUCCAGGAAGGAGAAAUCCUUUCUCGAACUGAAGAAAGAAAUUAUAAAAGACAACGUUCCUAACGUCAGCGAUAGGGUAACCCCCGAUUUUUUCGCCCCAGAGGAAAACGCCUUUAAUUCGAGCGGCACAGAUGAGGAAAAAGGAAGCAGCCGCGUUGGUGGCAGCCAUAACGAACAUGACGCCCAACAGGAGGAGAAGAAGCCCACUUGGUAUUACGAAAAGAAAAAUACAUUGAGCCCCUCUAAUUCGGAUUUUGCAAGUGAUAAGUGCUUUUACAGACAGUACAAGCAGAACAGGACAAUCCAUUUGGACACAUCCCAAUUGGUGAAGCGGGAAGAGGAGAAUUUUAAGGUCAUACAGGGUGGCACCAUGGGUGCAGAGUUUGCACAGUACGGCGAAUUAUCAGAGAUGACAGAUCAUGAAGAGCGCUAUGAACCCGGCACAGACAUUACGCAUCCAGACGGGGAAACAAGGUACGUGCUUAACCAUAAUGGGAAAUACCAGCGGGCGAGGAGCACAAGCAUAACAGUGCAGAAGGAGAGCGUGCAAAGUGAAGAACCCAAUAGACAGCCUUCCUUUAACAACAAAGUGACCUUCAUGGCUGUACAAAAUGAUGGCACCGUUAGGAAUUCGUUCAGCAUGCAAGAGUGCUGUGAGGAGGAGAGAACGAAGAAGAAGGAGGCCACUCAGGGUAGAACUAAUAUCCUGAGUUCGCAAAAAAAAGGGACAAAGGAAUUAUCCAACCUGGAGUUAAUAUCAAAGAUUCGACAGAAAAAUAAAAUCAACCUGUUGGAUAAGGUGAAAAAGGAAAAGUGCGCCUCUAAUUUAGGCAAAAGGAGAGUUGAAAGAAUGGCUAGUUCGGGUAGUAUGAACAGGAGUUUAUCAGAAGUAGCCGUUACCUCCGACUCGGUUGGCAAGUCUACCUAUACGGGACGAAGUGAUCUGCUUAAAAAAGGUUCUUCCAAAAUGGGCAGUAUGAGGAAUGUAUCCCAGAAUUCCAAAAGCAGCGGCAACCGGGUGCAUACUAAGAGCGGAGUUACAAACCCAAUUAGGAGAAACAAUUCGUUAAGAAAUAAUUCAAUUGAGAAGCAGAACUCGUUGGAGAAGGAAGUCACGCAGAAAACAAGUAAGGGGGUCAGACCUAGGAUAAUACCCGCAAAGAGUACAGAAAGCAAAAUUGGCAAUCGCCUGAUAAGCGGGGCUCAAAAGUUAGACAGUACAAAUAGUGUCGCUACCAAAAGUGGGGAGAAUAAAAAGAGCAUGAUUGGAGUUGCAAACAGGAGAUUGAACAGCAGUAGCACUGUGUUGAGCAAAUCCAGGGAGAAUGUAGACUCCAGUUUGGGAAAGGGCAGAAAACUAUGUGAUGACAAAACGGAAAGGAGGACCAACAAACCGGUAUCUCCACAGAGAAGUGUUAAUAAUUCCUCCUUGAAGAAUAUAACGGAAGAAAAGUCCAAAGUAAUGGCUAGCAGUUAUUUAAAAAAAGGAGGAAGCAGUAGUAGAAGGAAUGGGUCAGAAAAUUUAGUCUCCGAGAAGAAGGAUAAAUCGAAGGAUGUAAUGCCAAACGGGUUCGUUCAAAAUGACAAGAAGAAUAAAACCCAAGAGGAGACCACCACCAUAACUAAUGAAGAAGCGUCUGAUGUAGUGGUAACCAAUUCGGUGGAAGCGACAGAAGAGCAAGUUAGUCCCACCCCGGACAGGGCAAAAAGCGGGGCUUACUCCAUGCAGAAUGGUAAAAAGGUAUUAUUAGGAAAUAAUUUAAAGAACGCAAAAGUAAAACAAUAUCUGAAGAGCAAAAUAGAAGAGGUUAAAAAGGAGAGUGAGUACGGGUCACCGUUAGGGGUGAAAACGGAAGACAACCUCAGCCACACGCAGGAAAGCCUCAGACAGCAGACCAUUUCCCAUUUCCCCACUAAUCAGUAUGAUUCCUUUGGGACAUGCAUAAAUUUGAAUACCAGUGAGGGCGAGGGAAUCUCGUUCUGCAGGACUAGUGAGGUCAGGAGGUCCAUAAGUGAAAUUCCCUUCAACUGCUGCGUCAAGCAUUAUUUUCAGAGUGAGUCAAAUGGGGAGAUAAAAACGGGGGAAAGUGCACCUAAGGGGAGUAGUCCAAGCAGCCAGUGUGAGGAUGAUCCAACGUGGACAAUUAGUAACCUAUGUCAAAGCAAGAGAGAAAGUGGGUACUCUCGGUGUAAAAGCGAAGCAGUGGGGAAAUACAACUGGACGACUGGCCUAGAUGGUGACCUUUUGCAUAUCGAAAGGGUUAGGAAUGAGACAAAUAAGGAAGAAGCCAAAAAGGAGGAAGCAGUUCUUGGGGAAAUUAGGAGGGAAAAACAUCUCGAAAAUAGACCCAUGAAAGGAUCAGCUAAUGUGAGCAACAGUAAGAACGAUCAACCCAUUAACGAUGUAGCGAAGAGGUACAAAACGAGCGCACACAUUUACACGCACAGAAGUAUCAAUCUGUCGAAUGUGAAAAGUAAGAUAGACACGAAUAUAUAUAGGAAGGCAAAAAGUGAAACAGAAAAUGUUGACUCAAGUAACAAGGACGGUGCACAUAUCGAGUCUGAUGAAAGGGAAGGAGCCAAUCGCGUGUUAAGGAAAAAACCGAGUAUGAAUACAUACCAAGGCUCUUCCGCCUUAUCAGUAGGUGACAGGGAAAGGAAAAAGAGCAAUCUGAUUGGUCAUCCCGCAUUGGGUGUAAAGAAUGCAGCCACAAUUCAGAGGAUGAAUUCAGUGAAGACAGAUGCACAUUGUUCUAAUUCUAAACGCAACAGUAGCGCGAAAGGUAGGACGCAUCCUUACCAAGAGGAAGAUGGACCAAUUAAAAGAUCCGACAGUGCAUUGUUUGACACAGACUAUGAGGAAGAGUUGCAAAAUAAGUUGCUACUCCUGAAUAAGAGGAGCCUUUGUGGGGGAAUCUAUCAGCGAACACAGAAUUGUGGAAAGGAAGGAAUGAGGAGUUAUUCCAAGGAAGGGCGAAAUCACGUCAUCUAUGAGGGUGCUACAAAUAGUGGUAAGCAUGGUCAGGGUGAACAAACCUUGCACAGGGAUUCCCGCAACGGAAUUCAUUCCAUCAAUGAUGAAAACAAUGAAAAGGACAGAAGCUGCAAUUGGGGGUUUUCGAUCCCCAUAUAUGCAUCUAGCAGUAAUGGAAAGAAUGACAAAGGGGGGGAGUUCAUACGGAUGAAGUCCAACGUAAGGAGUGGCAACCUUGGUAGUGAAGUAAAUGGUACUAAUGGCACAGCGAAGUCAGCAACUGGAUGGAAGAAGAGCGAUUUGGUCAAACACUCCCAUGUAGAGAAAAGGGGAUCCAGCUGUUUAGCAGAACCCGCGAAGAGGAACUGCAUGCAGAUGGAGAAAAAUGUGAAGAAGGAGGUACAAGGAAAUUAUUCUGGAUCGUUUGAUGACCACGACGUGGAUGUUAUAGAAGGACACAUUAUGGAGAACACCUCUUUUAACAAAAGUGCGUCCAGAGUGGGAGACAAUCACCCAACAAAGGAGCCCCUUAAGAGAAAUAUAAGCUGCGGAAAUUGGUCGAUCAUGCAGUGCGUAAAUGUUCGAGGGACAGAUGUAGAAUCUGCCUACGUAUCAGAUAUGGAUGGAACUGUGCCUUAUGAGGAGGAAAGAAAUAAAAUGGCUAACUUGAAGAGGGACAAUACACACAUGGACCAUUAUAUGAGGGGCCAAAGUAGAAGCAACAGUAGGAAUACUACAAAAGGGGGUCAUCAACCCGUGUACCUAUCGAAGGUGCAAAAAAAUGCACAGGUGGGGGUUGCUAACAGGUUCGAUUCAGGUAAUCUUCUUCCGUCAUGUCCCUCCACCCCAACUUCCUUACAUAGGAAAGGGGAACAAAUCGGAAAGAGUAACCAACAAGUGAAUGGACGAGUAAUGAGCAAAAGUAGAAAUAUCGUAUAUGAAAGAAAAACCGCAUUAGCACAACAAAGUAGUAUGAAGAAGAACACAUCCAAUUCGGGAUCGACAAAAUUAUGCAACUCCACCAAUAGGAGGAGUUUAACGCCCAAGUUGGAUUCUACUAGGAUCGAAAGUAGUGCUAACUGCUUUACCAACAGAGUUGUUGUAGAUGAGGAUGAGAGUGAGGGGUACACUGCAAACUGUGCCAAAGGAGGAUUUUUUAGUAAGCCUAAUACGGGUGCGGUGGGCAGAGGAGGUUUACUGGCCAAAGCUGCUUCCAAUUGUGUCCACAUGGAUACCAUGAGAAGAAAUAAUAGUGCACGGGUGCUACCACCUUGUGUAGAAAAUCUGGCCGAUAACAGUCCCUCAGGGUGUUUCCUCUACAAGGACUAUUUUCACAGGGAGGAGCUAAAAAGUAAUCAUGGAGGUAGUCGUCCUGGUGGUGUCAGAGGCACAUGCGAACAGGUUAAAGUGAACAAUAGAUCCAUGGAUACACGUCACCAAAGAAACGGAAGCGCCAUGUCUAUUAAACGCAUGGAAAGUAAAACUGGUUUGGAUAAAAAAGGACAUACCAGAGUAAUGCCAAAGGGGCUAGUGUAG